AUGGGUGCUUUGUAUGUGCAAUCAAGACCAAGACAAAAGAAUAGAUCACCAUUCUUUUAUUCAUGGACAAUAUCAUCUGGAAUUUGUAUGUUUCUAGUUUUCGAACUUGGUGUACUAAGACUAUUGGAAAUAACACAACUUGAAAACUUUAUCUUUCUACUUCUAUUGGCAUGCACAUGUUAUUUCUUUUACAAAAUGAAAGCUAUAGCAGAUUUCGAACUUGCAACUGGGACUUCCAAAGGAAAAGAAUAUAGCCCUGUAUUGACAUCAGAUUCCUAUUAUUGCCAAGUUUGUCAAAUAGAGGUUAAUGAACGAUUCUUUCACUCAAUAUGGUGGGACUGCUGUGUGCUCAGACCAAAUUACAUGUAUUUCCUUGCUGGUCAAAUAUUUGCGUUUGCAACACUUUUGUAUGGAACUAAUUUGGGUUUAACUACAGUAUGUCAGCCAUAUAUAUUUUACAGUACUAUAUUAAUGCCAGAGGACUGCAAUGAUGUAUAUUUUGAAUUUAAUUUGGCAUUAUGUUUUGUAUCCUGUGUUUAUGGACUUGGAUAUGUUUUGGUUAUUGCGCUAGUAUUAUUAAGGCAAUUGUUGAUAUACAUUCCAAAGUAUAGUGAACCACAAUGGCGUAAAAUAAUAAACGUACUAACAGUA